ACAGGCAGACCCGAGAUGGACAGAACCUUGGAAUCCUUGAGACACAUCAUUGCCCAAGUCUUGCCUCACAGAGACCCGGCUCUAGUCUUCAAAGAUUUGAAUGUGGUGUCGAUGUUACAGGAAUUUUGGGAAAGCAAGCAGCAACAGAGGGCUGCAUUCCCGAGUGAAGGUGUGGUGGUGUACGAGUCCCUUCCGUCUCCUGGGCCCCCCUUUGUCAGUUAUGUGACCCUUCCAGGGGGAAGCUGUUUUGGCAACUUUCAGUGCUGCUUAAGUAGAGCUGAAGCCAGACGGGAUGCAGCUAAAGUGGCCCUAAUCAACUCCCUCUUCAACGAGCUGCCUUCUCGAAGGAUCACCAAGGAAUUCAUCAUGGAGAGUGUGCAGGAAGCAGUCGCCUCCACUAGCGGCACCCUGGACGACGCGGACGACCCCAGCACCAGCAUUGGAGCCUACCACUACAUGUUGGAGUCAAACAUGGGGAAGACCAUGCUAGAAUUUCAGGAGCUGAUGACCAUUUUCCAACUAUUACACUGGAACGGAAGCCUGAAAGCCCUGCGUGAAACAAAGUGUUCCCGACAGGAAGUCAUCUCCUACUAUUCCCAGUAUUCCCUGGAUGAAAAGAUGCGCAGCCACAUGGCCCUGGACUGGAUCAUGAAGGAGCAGGAGUCCCCAGGAAUCCUCUCUCAAGAGCUACGAAUGGCCCUGAGGGAGUUGGAGGAAGCCAGGAAAGCAGGACAAGAACUACGGUUUUACAAGGAAAAGAAAGAAAUCCUGAGUUUAGCCCUGACUCAGAUCUACAGCGAUCCUGACACUUCCUCACCCAGUGAUGACAAGCUGAGCCUCACAGCCCUUUGUGGCUAUCACUAG